AUGUGGGUGCCGGUGCUGCCCACCGCCAACCAGUCGGUGCAGACGUGCUGCCUGCUCUGUCACCGGGAGCGCAAGGACUGGGGAGGGCCAUCCCACAAUGGGCUGGUUUCCCCAGGCGAGAGGCUGCCACCGGACAUCGUGCCAACGCUCGUGCAGAACCUCCUGGGAGAAAUGCCACUGGCGGUGGAGGGGGUCUUGGUCUCGUUAUCCCACACAUCCUGCAAGUCACAGUCUUGUGGGGGUGGCUCCCACUCCUCUUCCUCCUCCUCCUCCUCCUCUUCCUCCUCGUGCCACGGGAACUCAGGGGACUGGGACCCCAGCUCUUUCUUGUCCGCUCACAAGCUCUCGGGGCUCUGGAACUCGCAGCACACCAACGGGGCCACGCAGGGCAGCCCCCUCGGAGCCCCCCCCGCUGCACUAGGCGACAAGCACCCCGGCCUCGCUCUGUCCCCGGAGUGCGCUGGCCAGGCGCCUGCCGUGGCGCCGGGGCUCAAGGCCUGUCCCUACAGCCACGCGGCCACGCUGCCGAAGCAGUUCAAAAGCAUGUGCCGGAGGGCCACCCCGCCAGGCGAGGCCUUCCACUCCUCAGAGCAUCAUCAGCACUCGGACCUCACUGCUCCUCCCAACAGUCCCACGGGUCUCCCCUCCCAGCCGCCAGCGCUGAUCCCCUCCAAGCAGACGCAUGCCCAUCCGGGGCCCUUCGGCUCCCCGCCCCACGUCCCGCUGGGCGCCUCCCCGCAGGCUGCGCCCUUCCCUGCGCCCAGUGCGCAGGCAGCAGCCCCCAAGCGCGAGUCCCCUCCCGCUGGCACGGUCUCGCACAGCCCGGGGUCGUGUAAGAGCCCCCACCUGCCCCCUGCCAACGUGCCGCUGCUGAAGAUGCCGCCUCCGCUGUCGGGCUGCGCUCAUCCCUGCAACGGGCACUGCAGUACUUCGCUCAUCCCUCCUCCCGCUGCCCACCAGCUGCCCAGCACGAACAGGACCUUUGUCAGUGAGACCCGUCGGGCAGCCGUGGCACUGAGCAAAGGUCCUCGAGAAGAUGAAGCCUGUGGACUUGUGCUGCCGCAGAAACUAGGGCACAUCAGCAGCUCCGGAGAGCCCGCCGUGGACCACCGCAACGUGGACGAGCUGCUGGACUACAUCAACAGCACAGAGCCCAAGCCCUUGAACAGUGCCAAGGCGGCCAAGCGGGCACGGCACAAGCAGAAGAAGAAGGUGGCAGCGGUGCCCGGCUCCGUGCAGGGCUUCCCCAGCUUCUGCUCCUGCCGAGGGUGGCCCAGCCCUCCUGGGCACUUUGGGCUGCGCUGA